UCAUCCCUCUCUCCUCUCAACUGUCCACUUCAUCUUUAGGGCUCAGGCUGUGGGACUCAAAACCUGGCAUGGGCCCUCGCCUGCCAAAUGUGUUCAUCUACUUGGCUGCUAUAGUCAGACCAUCGAGAUUGAGGCCAGAUUUGAAGGUCAAAACUAUUGGUCAUGUUGACUUUGCAGCGCUACGAAAGGCCGGUUACAAUGCCGUUGUCGUUGACAAGGACAACUGCGUGACACUUCCGGAACAGGAUGGAUGUUACCCUCCGUUCAAGGAAGCGUGGCGAGAGCUCUUGACUGCGUUCGAACCCGGACGAGUACUGGUCGUGUCCAACUCUGCAGGCACCAAGAAGGAUCCAUCAGGCAUAGCGGCUCGAAGCGUCUCCCAUCACCUGCAAACCCCUGUCCUCAUCCACGCUCAACCCAAGCCUGGAUGUGCUGACGAGAUACUCAAAUACUUUCGUGGCGAGCUAGGUGCACCUGUCUCCAUCAUCCGGCAGAAGCUCGCCUUGAUCCAGGCGGAUCAGGAUGCGUUUCAAGCUGAAUGCGAGGCCAUCCUGAAAAGAGGAGAGAAAGAAUGGAUGAGUAAAGAGAUUGCCAGGAUACGAAGCACAACCAGUGACACACCGACUGCGCCAUCUUCAACGCUCCGAACUGCCAUCACUUUGCCCGAGUCACUUGAAAAAAGGACUAGCAACCCCGACGCCAAUCUGGGCUCGCAAACUCUCAUUCGAGCACAGCCUACUUCUCUCGAAGAAGCGAGAAUUCUCGUCAUUGGGGACCGUCAAUUCACAGAUACUCUACUGGCACAUCGUCUUCGACUGUUGUUACCGAAUACUUCGUCAGACUUUCCGAGUGUCAUAUCCAUACAUACCACCUUGUUGCCUCAACCUCGAGAUGUCCCUGUGCUCAGAUGGCUCGAGGAGAAACUCUCCCGAGGUCAAUUGCGUGACCCGUCAAAUCCUUGGAAACGGUAUACGAGGCGGCUAGGCGACGAAGAGGCGCAUGAAAACGCAAUUGAGGUAGGGCCGAAGAUGGGUUACCUCGCCUCCCGAUGGAGCAACGUAAAGCAGACCGUCAAGGACAGCCGGAUGGGUUGGGAUCCUCGUCAAUGGACUGUCAAAUCGGUCAUCAUUGGUAUUGGAAAGGGCAUAUUCUGGACAGGAAGAGGGUUAGGAGUCGGAAUGUCUCGUACCGGUCGAUACGUAUGGGUGAAUGGGCGACAGUGGCAAGCCCGCAGGCGAGAGAGGCUCAGACUGGCCAAGGAGAAAGCGGCAGAGGCGGCAGACUUGACAUCUGGUGAAAGACAGAUCUCGGCGAAGGAAUCAGGAGACACACAAAGGAUAGAGCACAAGGCAGUACCGAUGAUUGCAUCGGCGGAGGCUGACAGCGGACAUAGACCUUCUGCCGUGGUCACUCCGUCGGCAUGAGCACAAUGUAUGCAUA